UAAUUGAAAUAAUUUUCAGCCUUUAUAUAAACUAUUGGAUGCCAGACAACUAGGUUUAAAACUUAUUGCAAAUGUUACCUAUGGUUACACCAGUGCUAAUUUUUCAGGGCGCAUGCCUUGUGUCGAGAUUGCUGACAGUAUUGUAGGAAAAGCCAGGGAAACUUUAGAACAAGCAAUUAAACUUAUUGAAACAACGACAAAAUGGAAUGCAAAAGUCGUAUACGGAGAUACGGACAGCGUUUUUGUUCUCUUAGAAGGCAGAAGUAAGGAGCAGGCUUUCAAAAUUGGUAAAGAAAUAGCAGAAGCUGUUACUGCUAUCAAUCCUAAACCAGUCAAGUUAAAAUUUGAAAAGGUAAAUAAAUAAAAACUCUACACAUUUACUAAAAUGAAUGAAUACCUUAGCAAUUUCUUGGAUAGUUUAAAAUUAAAAUUAAAUUAGCAUGAGGUUGACAAAGACCAUUUAUAUUUUAUCAUCAAUUAUGCUGAAUGUUUGUUACUAUUGCUAACAUAACUAGAAAUUACCAGGAACCUCCUUAUCUUCAUAAAUAAAUAAAUAUCAAAUUUCAAUAAAUGUCAGAAAAAUUAUAAAAUAU